CCCUGUAGUUCACUGGAUAGAUAAGAUGGCUGCUCUUGAGAAACAUCCAGACCUGAGGCUCCAGCAGAACAAUCCAUCGGAUCCCAGCACUGGUCAGAAGAGUAGUUUCUUGGAGACUGACUGGAAAACACCGAUGUUGUCCGUGAAGUUCCAGAGCCGUGUCAGUCGCUGUUCAAGCGUGGCGGACAGUGGGGAUGGGGGCAUUGGGACCUCCUGCUCGGACAGUACAGAAGACUUCUGCAAUUCCAGUAACGGUUCCUCAUUCCAGCCCAUCAAAACCCAAGUGACCAUCCCAACAGCCCAUGUUAUGCCUUCUACAUUGGGUGCCUCACCCUCCAAGCUGUGCUCUGUGGGAGACCAGAGCUGUUCGCAGAGUACUUCAAAAACUGCUAUGCCAGGAUCUGCUUCUGAACACGCAGGGCUCAUGAGAAACGGGGAUUUUAAUGCUGGGAGGUCAUCUCAGGUGCCACCCAGGGAUCUCUUGCGAGUCUACGGGACUUCAGGGGAAAAUGGUUUUGAGCCAUCAUGGCAUCCUGUUUCUGAUCACAUGAGAACAGAAGAUACUUGGAAGUUUGACACCCCUGCCAUUGAGCGCACCCUUAACCAGUCUCUCUUUCCGGAUAGUUUGUGCACUGACCCUCUGCACAGGUUCCAGAAGUUCAAUCCAAACUCUGGGGCAGCUGAGACAGGAAAGGACCAUUAUAAGGUGUUGCCAGAGAGUAAGCAAGCAGCAGGGGCUAACGGAGUCUGUGAGCCCCAGGACGGAACGUGGCCGAGCGGGAGCCGACUGAUGCCAACGGGACUCCAGGCCAACAGUUUCUUUUCAAAACCUGUAACUCCUUCAUCUCGAGCGUGGAUGCAAGAAGCCUGCAUGCUACACCCGCAUGAGCGGGUCUGUGAGCUUGGUGCUUGGAAACAAGAGCUGGAGAAAGUGCGAUUGCAAAUAGAGCAAAUGCAGUUACAAAAUGGAGGUGCCUGCCACCAUCCCUCAAUGUAUUCUCCUUCACUGCCUACACCUGAUCCAGCCCAGUGGAUCAAUAUCCUGAACUCCAAUGAAAACCUACUCAAGGAGAAAGAGCUUCUCAUUGACAGACAAAGACAACACAUAUCCCAGUUGGAGCAGAAGGUCCGGGAAAGUGAACUGCAGGUUCAUAGUGCCCUGCUUGGCUGUCCAGCACCCUACGGAGAUGUCUACAUGUUGAGAAUGCAGGAGCUGCAGCGAGAGAACACGUUUCUUCGAGCACAGUUCACAGAGAAGACUGAAUCGCUCAGUAAGGAAAAGAUUGAAUUGGAGAGAAAACUGGCUGCUGCAGAGGUGGAUGCAAAGCUGAUCCGGGAGUCGCUGAAGGAAACUAUGCAGAAACAUGCAGAGGAGUUAAAGAAACAGGAAGAAAGGGUAAAGGGAAGAGACAAACACAUUAAUAACCUUAAAAAGAAAUGCCAGAAGGAAUCGGAACAAAACAGGGAGAGACAACAGAGAAUUGAGACCCUGGAACGAUACCUGGCUGAUCUACCAACCCUUGAGGACCACCAGAAACAAAGUCAGAAGCUGAAGGAAUCUGAACUGAAGAGUACUGCUAUGCAGGAAACAGUGCUGGCACUAGAAACAGAGCUUGGAGAUGUCCGGGCUGCUUUCAGGGAGCAAGAGAUGCAGCUAGAAACCCAAAAACAAAAGGAGCUGGAGCUUCGUUCCACCGUGCGCAGCUUGCAGGACAAGAUGCAGCAGUGUGUAAAGAAUGCAGAGAGAGGACCCCCUGCCCAGGAUGGGGAGAGACAGAAAAUAGAAAAUGACUCUCUGAAGAAAGAAUGUGACUGCCUCAGGAAGAUUGUGGACAAACAGCAGAAGAAGAUGGAGCAGUUGUCCUUGCAAGUAAAGAACCUGGAAGAACAGGUGGCCCAGGAAGAGGGGACAAGCCAAGCUCUGAAAGAGGAGGCAAUGAGAAGAGACAAUGCACUGCAGCAGCUCCGGACUGCUGUGAAAGAGCUUUCAGUGCAGAACCAGGAUCUCAUUGAGAAGAACCUGACCCUUCAGGAACGACUCCGGCAGGCAGAGCUAACAACCCAGCCACUGCCUGCCGAGACAGCCCGCCUCGCCCAGGAGUUGCACAGCGAGCUGGCCAGUUGUCUGCAGGAUUUGCAGUCUGUCUACAGCAUUGUCACUCAGAGGGCUCAGGGAAAGGAUCCUAACCUCUCUCUGCUCCUGGGCAUUCACUCUGUGCAGUACUCUGCUAAGGAGAAGGACGACUUGCUGAGCCCUGAUGGACUUGCAAAGAAACUGGUGGAGGUAAAACAGCUUCACAAAGAGGUGGAGGACUUAAGGACGGCAAUAUCUGACAGAUAUGCUCAGGACAUGGGAGACAACUGCAUCACCCAGUAAAGAACACUCCCCAAAGUAAGAUGGGAAAUGAAGACUUGAAACCUUCAGGAGUCUAUAGCUCCUACAACCCAAAACCUAUUCAGCACUUUACCAUCCCUUUGCUCGGGUACAAGAUGUGUGACUUAUCCAAUCCGUGAGAAAUCAGGGGGUUUGUUGCCAGAAGUGUUUAGCUGCUGACUGGCUAACUGGAAUCGUUCAGGGCUUCGGUGUCGGGCUUUGCAGUAGCUUUGAUCUUGUGGAAUGUGUUUAUGCUGUGUUUGCUGGAGCUGGUGUGGUCUCUGAUGCUGGGAGAUGAAUUCUGAAUUGCCUUCCAGGCAUGUCAAAUGAUGAACAUGCAAAUGUGACAGUUAAAAUCAUCACUGAAAGGAAAUGUAUGCCCUGGUCUUUCUGAUAAAUUCUCUGCGCAGAUCCUGUGUGACUAGUAAGACCAGAGGAUUAUCAGAGUGUUCAGGGGAUAUCUGUGGACUUCAUAGGCAAGCAGGUGUGCCAGUUACAGUGUGCUAAUUACAUCGAGGUGCUACAGGCUCCUCAGAUGCUGCGUGCGCUGUUCUGGCUUGGAUGCUUGUGUAGCCAUUCAUGGAGCAGGACCUGCUUUGCUCAGGUAAACGCAACCAGAGUCUUUCAGUAGCCAACAGGAGUUGGGGAAUAAAGCAACACUAAAAGAAAACUCUGAAAACGCUCCCCCUGGGCACUGUUACCCCAGAAGCCUUAAGCCUUUUAUCCCCCCAAAAUAGCACUCUGUGGGUAUGAUUCAGACUGCAGAGGAAGUGGAUUGAUGCUGAAGUGCCUUAAUGUGCUAGAGAAACCUCCUGUCCCCACACUGCUUCGUGCCUAAUGCAUCUGCUGGCAGGGUGAGGAACUGCUGUUUCUUGCAGCAGCCUUUAGAGCCAUCACAAACAAUCCUGGGGAGCCUCAAAUGUCUGUAGCCCCUGCCAGAGCCGCAGAGAGCCUCUGCGUCCCUGGGGGACCCCACUGCAGGCCAGUGGGGAGGCACACCUCUGCUUGGCGCUCUGCUUGCUGCUUAGGGAGAAAGCCAUGCCGGUCCUAAUGUGGCAGGAGGUACAGCUAGAUCUGAGAGCUCUUCCUGAUGCUUGCAAGGCAGUGACCACUCAGGCUUUGUUGUAGACCUGCCUCUUGUUCUCUGGGAGCUCCCUGUGCCUCUGCUAAAUAAUGAAAUUUCUAAAUAAAUCAGCAUGGGAUGCGGUUCACUUUGCACAACCCUCCUUAACCUUAGUGGCAACUUUACAGUACUGAGUGCUUGCUUGUGACAACGCCGUGGUGUUGAGGGUGGAGCUUUUUUGGUUUUCAGCUUGAGUUAAGAGCAAGAUAAGAAGUCGGUUCUAUAACGGGAGGGGAAAAUACUGCUGAAACUUCUGUCGUUUGGUUGCUCUUGGUUCAAGUUGGGGCUGUGAGCCCUGGGUUUGGGAGAAAUGCUUUCGUUAUUCCUUUGUGUUAAAAUUUAAGACCAAAUCUGUUUUGUUCUUAGUGUUUGGCCAACACGGGUGAUGGUGGCAACGAAUUGGUUAGGUUACUGUCCCAAGCUACCCCCUGCACGGCACGGGGAGGGAACGCACCAGUGUCUGCCCUGUUCUUUCCGCAUCUGGUGUAUUACAUUUCUGGCUGUUUCUGUUCCCAGGCUGCUGAUGCCAUGUACUGAGCUAAAUGUGGGCCAAGGCUAUUUCUUGAAGUCAUUUGUCCUGGCUGCUGGGAGCUCUCUAGGCAUUGGGGUGCAGAGCAGCACCAGCUGUGAAAGUUGCUCUCACCCACAGAUCAAAUCCCAACAGAGCGAAGUAACCAGAAUCCUCG